AUUUGAAAUAAAAGCAGUUUUAUAAGAAGAAAACAUGUUUCCGGCUUAUUCAUAUUUAUCAGCUUAUGAUAGACAUAAAAAACUUAUUAAUGACUAUUUUACAUUGUAUGGAGGUUCGGUAUCAUCUUUAGAACGAGACACGUCCCGAGACAAGACAGACUAUGAUGUUAUUAAAGAAAACCAUAGAUUUUUAUGGGAUCAGGAUAAAGAUGAACCAAAUACAUGGGGUGCUCGUUUGGCAAAGAAAUAUUAUGAUAAAUUAUUUAAAGAAUAUUGUAUAGCAGAUUUAACAUAUUAUAAGCAAAACAAGGUUGCUUUAAGAUGGAGGACAGAAAAAGAAGUUAUCAUUGGUAAAGGACAAUUUGAAUGUGGAAAUAAAAAAUGUAAAAAUAAGGAACAACUUAAAUCUUGGGAAGUAAAUUUUGGUUAUAUAGAGCAUGGUCAAAAAAAGAAUGCUCUUGUCAAAUUAAGAUUGUGUCCUGAAUGUUCCAUAAAGUUGAAUUAUAGAUCUCAAAAGAGAGAAGCAAAAAAACAUAAAAUAUUAAAAAGAUUAGGAACAAAUAUAGAAACAUCUAAUAAUACACCUAGUACUUCUACAGUUAAAAUUGAAGAGAAUAAAGCUAUAAAUAAUAUUGAAAAAUCAAUUGAAGAGAAAGAUGAAUCUAAAAUUUGGAAAGAAAAACCAAUUGAAGAUUUGGAAAAAACAAGAGAGGAAGAAUUCGAAGAAUAUUUAGCAGAUCUAUUAAUCUAAAAAACAAUUUAUUUUAAUAAUUAAAAUUAUAUUAGCAAUAUCUAUAAAAUUAAUUUUUGUUAUAGAUAUUGUUUAAAAAAAAUAUAAGAAUUUCUAUAUAUACAAAAAAAAGUUAAAUUCAUUUUCAAAUAAAUAUAACAAUUAUAA